GCCACACAGCGCAGGAAGGUGGGGGGGGGGUGGCGGUUCUCGUGCACGUUGAUGUUUUUAUGAAUUAGCCUAGCUAGCUGCAGACGUACCAUCAUCAUCACCUUCAUCAUCAUCUUCCUCCGGACAGCUCGGCUGCAAUCAGACAUGUCUGUGACCGAGAUGUUCAGUUACAUUCAGGGUUUCCUGAGCGCCGACCAGGACGUCAGAGAGGAUAUCCGUAAGGUGGUGCAGACGUUGGAGCAGACUGCCAGAGAAAUCCUGACCGUUCUCCAGAGCGUCCAUCAGCCGUCUGGGUUCAAAGAGAUUCCCAGUAAAUGUGCGAAGGCUCGGGAGCUGUUCUGCACCGUCAGGACUCAGAUCGGUGAGCUGAAAACAAAGUUUCCUGUGGAGCAGUAUUACAGGUUCCAUGAACACUGGCGGUUUGUCCUGCAGCGCUUGGCUUUCCUAGCAGCCUUCGUCGUUUACCUGGAGACUGAAACUCUGGUGGUUCGGGAGGAAGUGGCCAAGAUACUGGGCAUUGAGGUGGUGCGAGAGAAAGGCUUCCACCUGGAUGUAGAGGACUACCUGGCAGGUGUGCUCAUCAUGGCCAGUGAACUGUCACGGUUGGCGGUGAACAGCGUCACAGCAGGAGACUACACCCGACCGCUCCGCAUCUCCAACUUCAUCAAUGAGCUGGACUCAGGCUUCCGCCUCCUCAACCUGAAGAACGACCCGCUGCGGAAACGCUACGACGGCCUCAAGUACGACGUGAAGAAGAUCGAGGAGGUGGUUUACGACCUGUCCAUCCGAGGGCUGGCCAAGGAGGCCGAGACUGGCGGGGACAAGUAGACCUCGGAGGCGGGGAUUGGCUGUGGGAGACCGAGGAGGGCGUGGAAGCUCUCUCCACGGCUGCUGCACCUUUAACCUCACAUGGAAGGCAUGACCCAGGGAUGUACCUGAGGCCCCAGCAACUGAGGAUGGACUGUGUGUGACUGUGUGUGUGUGUGUGUGUGUGUGUGUGUGUGUGUGUGUGUGUAUAUGUGUGUGUAUGUGUGUGUGUGUGUGUGUGUGAGGUGCUUUAGAUGGAUGGCGGUCUGUCAGAAUGGCGGUGCAGACGGUGACGGACACCGUCGCUCAAGAUGGAAGGUUCAGUUUGUUGCUGGUUUCUGGAAAUCCGUGUUCUCAGCUUCAUCUUGUUCGUGUGUCUUUGUUUCACUGAGUUGGUUUUUGCAGCAGUCGACUUGUUUUUAUCAGAUUUAUGUUGUAGUGAUGUUAAAUUCACCUGAGAGGUCGGGCGGAUGUCGGGCGGGGGUCGCUCAGAGCGUUACAACCACGCUGAUCUUUUUUGUGGCUGUUUAUUUGUUAAAGAAAAGAAAAAAAGAAAGUGAAAUGUGUUUGUGUUCACCAGGUGACGACUGGUGGUUUUCUAAGGAUUCUUUAUUGUUAAAAAAAAAAAAAAAAAUGGAUGCAUCCAAACUGA